AUGACAGACUGGAGACAGGGCUUCAAAGGUACCGACGUCAACACCGAAUCACGCGUCCAGAACAGAAAGCCGCGACUCCUAAAGAUGCUUGUUAUUGUCGGACUCCUCCUCCUUUGUGUCAUUCCUCUCACCGUCGGCCUCGGAGUAGGCCUCGCCAAGCGUCACAGCCAUCGUUCAACCCCGGAAACCCCGCACGACUCCGAGGCUCUUGGACGUCCCUCCCUCUGGGCGCCGCAGGUCGGUGUGUCUUGGCAGAUUGUCCUCUCACAGUCCGUCAAGGUGGACGCCGGUAGCACCAUGAUUACCCCCAACGUGGACGUUUAUGUGCUUGACCUGUUUGACACAAAGAGGGAGACCAUCGACAGAUUGCGUCGAGUUGGCAAAAAUGUCGUAUGCUACUUUAGUGCCGGAUCUUGGGAGGACUGGCGUGAGGACGCAAGCGAUUACCACACUGCGGACCUCGGCAACAAUCUCGACGGGUGGGCGGGGGAGCGCUGGGUCAACGUUUCGGCUGAAAGUGUCCGCUCCGUUAUGCGCAACCGCAUCAAGCUCGCCGCCGAAAAGGGCUGUGAUGGUAUCGACCCCGACAACGUGGACGGCUACGAAAAUAACAAUGGCCUGCGCCUGUCAUCCCAGGAUGCCGUUAAUUUUGUUAAAUUCCUCGCCGACGAAGCCCGCAAGUACAACAUAGCGACAGGCCUCAAGAAUGCAGGCUAUAUUAUCCACAAAGUCCUCGAUUCAGUCCACUUUUCUGUCAAUGAGCAGUGUGUCGAGUUCUCGGAGUGCAAGACCUUUGCGCCCUUUAUCAAAGCUGGCAAGCCCGUCUUCCAUAUCGAAUACCCCGAGGGUGCCCCAAGUGUCUCGAGCUCUGAGCGGACACAGAUUUGCUCUGCUACGGGAGCUGCGACUGGAACCGAUAAAUUCAGCACUGUCUUGAAGAAGAUGAACCUCGAUGGCUGGGUUCAGUACUGCACUGGACAAUCAGUCACAACGCCGACAGCGUAA